AUGGAGAUUCCAGGAAGCUCAAGUAAGAAGAUAGGUAGGGAUCGGUUUCACGGGAAUGGCGAUUUUAGUAAUAACAUGAAUGAAGAGACAGGGGAGGAGUUUUCAGAUGAGUUCUUGAAAGAUUAUAGUGGUCAAAGGAAAGCACAAGUAGCUAGUAGAAAUGUUGAUAACAGUCGUCAUAACAGAUUAGUUUACGAGGAUCUUAAUCGAAUCCUCGGGAUUCAAAGAGUUGAUUCCGGUGUUUCAGAUGUUGGUCCAGAUUCAUCUAGGAUGUAUCAAACAGCUUCAAAUGUUCCUUUGCCUGAAAAACUAAAGCUUCUUUGCAGUUUUGGUGGUAGGAUUUUACCGCGGCCUGGUGAUGGGAAGCUUAGAUACACUGGAGGAGAGACACGGAUUAUAUCGACAUAUAAACAUGUCGGUUUGAAUGAGUUGAUGCACAAGACUUACGCUAUAUGCAACCAUCCUCAUACAAUCAAGUACCAAUUACCAGGAGAAGAUCUUGAUUCACUAAUAUCUGUUUGUUCAGAUGAAGAUCUUCUUCAUAUGAUUGAAGAGUAUCAAGAAGCUGAAGAUAAAGCUUUAUCCAAGAGGAUAAGAGUAUUUCUUGUGUCUUUAUCUGAGUCAGAGAACAAGAACAUGAACCAAAACACGCGGAACACGGAUAAUGAUCAUUAUCAUUAUGUUUCAGCUCUUAACGGCUUUGUGGAUGUGAGUCCUCAAACGAGCUCUAGUGGGAAAAGUCCAAAAACAACACAGUUUGGGAAUGUUUCAGGUUAUAGCCCUACGUUUCAUCAUCGAGACUCGCCUACUUAUUUACAUUAUAUGCCUAGGAUUCAGAUACCGAAGAACUCAUAUGGCCAGCAAUCUCCUCCAUCAUCUCCAUUUUCAGCUCCUAAGAGAGCCAAUACCGACAUUCCUUACUUUGUUAGUCCAAAUGGGUACUAUGAUAAUAAUAACAACUUCCCUUUCAUGGUUGCUCCAAACUCUCCGCAGCAAAAUCCUUUCUUGUUCGAUACUAAGCAAAUGCAGAAACAUCCUGAAAGAAGCUUUCACAGGAGUCCAAGUGGGGAUGUUUUCCCUACACCACAAACCGGUCAAGCUUAUAUCGGUUCUACAAAGCUGAUGUUAAGGAAAAAUGCUCUCUCUGAUCCACAGUUGCAUGAUGAGAGUCAAAGCAACAAGUUAGAAUCAGUUACUAAACAUCCGGGACAAAUGGCGAGAGAGAAAUCGCCUUCUUUUGCUAUGUCAUUUACUUCAGAGAAAUGGGAAGAAGGUGAAUUCACUUUCAAGAAUCCGGAGUUCGGUAAUAAAGAGCUUCAGCUUAUCACAGAGGUUCACAACUGGAUGAACAAUGAGGAUCCAAGUUCGUUCGAUUUGGCUUCAAAACAACUUGGAAUUAGUGAAACUAGUAGCUCAUUCAGUCCAAAUUACCAAAGAGUUAUCCGGAUAGCUUCUAUCGGUUCGCAAGACUCGGGAAGCUCUGUGUUCUCUUUAUCAGCUACUACCAAAGAUAGUUUACACUUUUGUGAAUUACCUCCUAGGAAAGUGGGAAGUAGAGAUGGUGUCUUCGCACAUACGGAGGAUGAUCUUCGCAAAAAUAACCCGCUUGGUUCACCAGUCGUAGUUGAGGAUGUGACGAAUGCAAACAUUUCAGAUGUACCUUUAACAGCUACGCUUGUUCCUCAUGUACAUAGUGAAGAAGAGAAUACAAGUGAUGGUGAUAAAUCCGAAAUGGAGGAAAAGUAUGGAAAAGGCAAAAAAACUGAUGAAUCAAUAGGUGAAACUGAAGAUGGAAUCUAUAACUUACAGAUUAUCAAGAAUACAGAUCUGGAGGACUUACACGAGCUUGGAUCUGGAACAUUUGGAACUGUUUAUUUUGGGAAAUGGAGAGGAACUGAUGUUGCUAUCAAGAGGAUAAAGAACAGCUGUUUCUCUGGUAGAUCAUCCGAACAAGAACGACAGACGAAAGAUUUCUGGAGAGAAGCUCGAAUCUUGGCGAAUCUUCACCAUCCAAAUGUGGUGGCCUUUUACGGUGUUGUACCAAAUGGACCUGGUGAAACUAUGGCGACAGUGACUGAGUUUAUGGUAAACGGAUCUUUGAGACAUGCCUUGCAGAGGAAAGAUAGGUCGCUUGAUAGGCGGAAAAAGCUGAUGAUAACUCUAGAUGCUGCAUUUGGCAUGGAGUAUCUCCAUAUGAAGAAUAUUGUUCAUUUCGAUCUAAAAUGCGAUAACUUGCUUGUUAACUUGAGAGAUCCACAAAGACCAAUAUGCAAGGUUGGUGAUUUUGGAUUGUCAAGAAUAAAACGUAACACGCUUGUCUCUGGUGGAGUUAGAGGAACCCUUCCAUGGAUGGCACCAGAGCUAUUAAAUGGUAGCAGCAACCGCGUCUCUGAGAAGGUAGAUGUUUUCUCAUUUGGUGUCGCGAUGUGGGAGAUUUUAACAGGCGAAGAACCUUACGCAGAUAUGCAUUGCGGCGCCAUAAUUGGUGGGAUUGUGAGCAAUACGUUGAGACCUUCGGUACCGGAAAAAUGUGAUGAUAUGUGGAGAAAUUUGAUGGAGCAAUGCUGGUCAUUUGAUCCGGCGAUACGACCGUCGUUCACGGAGAUUGUUGAUCGUCUCCGGUUAAUGUCAGCUGCCUUGCAACCUAAGCCAAUGAAGAAGAAUCAACAAUGUAAAGAUGUAAGAUAA